GUACCGUUGCCAAACAAUGAGCAGGAAAAAGCCACGUUGACGACGAAGUCUAGUGAAGUCAGCAUUAACGUUACCUUUUGCCUGGGAAACGGGAAAAUCACCCCUGAAAUAUAUUGUCUUGGCUUUCUUCUUAACUAAUUAGAAUAAGAAUAGAGAUGUCUUCACCUCCUAAAGAGAAAAUCGAAACCAAAGCUGGACAUCUCCCUGCUGUGAAAGUGGGAGGUAUGAGGGUGGUUCAAAAGCACCAGGCCGCUGGUGAACCAGCUCCACCAGAGAAGAAGGAAGACAACGACGAUGAAGAAUACGUCAGCAGCAGUCCACCAAAGCCAACGGUUGUCAUCUCAGGAGUAGUUGCCAAGGGCGAUAAGGACUUCACCCCGGAGGCGGCACAGGUGGCCCACCAGAAGCCCGUCCCAGGGGUGCAGAAACUGCCCUCGGCUCACCACAUCAACCAGCACAUCCACCAACCACGCAAGUGAGCCCCCACGCAGGAACGCCGCACCGCACCGCACCGCGGGACGACAUGGGACCACACCAAAGCCCAGUCACAUCAACCAGCGCACCAACCCAAUCAAACGACCCGACCAAUGCAUGAACCCAACCAAACGACCCGACCAAUGUGUCAACCCGACCCGACCCCAUAACUCACCAGUCCAAACGACCCGACCCAACUCAACCAAACAACCAACCAGUCACUCAACAAACAAACCAAAUUGCCCAACCAAAUCCCUCAACAAACCCAUCGCACCCAUCCACCAAUCCGAACAAACAACCAGGUCACUCGACUAACCAACCAACGAAUCAUCUCCACCACCUGCCUGCCCGCAAGUGCUCAGGUUACCCAGGGACCACUGCGCCUCACCAGGCAUUCCUUAUGAUCACGCUCGUGCCCUAAGCCCCGCCUACACACUAGCCUUCGUCCAAUAGCCAGAACAGAUACACUCUCUCCUGUCUCCGUGCAGAUGAUGACCAUGAUGAUGAUGAUGAUGAUGAUGAUUUAUGAUGAGAACACUAAAACUGUUCAGGGUUUAAUAUCAGAGUAAUUUUAUUUAGAUUGAACAUAUUCUUGUAAUGUUAAGGGGAUGUAUUUAAUAAGAAAAUUAGAAGAUUUUUAUUUUUAUUUCUUUUUUUUUUUGUCCUGUUUGACACAUUAUUUUCUGAAAUUGUGUAAAUUGUAUAAAACCUAAGUGAUGUCAUGUGAAAGGAUUGUGAUGUUAGAGGAGUUAGGCUUUAGUCUACGUGUGGCUGUUGGAAUAAAAAUAGAACAUGAUCAAAACAAAAAAAUGCCAAUUCUGAGCACCUAUGUCCCUUAACUAACAGUGUGGUGCUUACAACGCUUCUAUGUGCUUAGUCCCCCCUGAGACUGAACACAGAUGAUUGCUAUUCCUUCAUUAUAAUAUCUAUUGUGUUGGAUAAAUACAUCUGGUAUUUGACGCCAUAUAAACGUCUCUUUGUUCUUUUCCAAAUCUAGUGUAACAAAUAAGACCAAAAACCAAAAAAACAGAGAGAACUUGGAGACAACUUGGACAAAGGUGUAUGCAAACCUCAACACUCCUAGUGUAGCCUGAUUGGCUGAUGGAGAGGAGUCCUAUUUGGUGGUUGAGUCUACUGGCCUACUUUCUUGUGCUGUGACAUGGCAUUGCACCAUACCUGUCAGUUCACGUUCCGCUCCCAGCGCCCCACCACCCCAUCCCUUACCAACCCCCCCCCCCCCCCCCACCCGUCUGUGGCGCUCUUGGCCAGGUGUUAAUGCCAGUCAGGAUUUGCCCACCCUGGUUCUCACUGUCACCUGUCCUGGGCGCACUCAGGUGUGCUCGCCAGCUGUUACCAGUCCCCAUGUGAAUCCUUGACUUCUGAAACACACACACACACAUAGAUUACAGACCACAGCCUGUCAUUAGCCUUACACAAGUCCAGAGUCAGCCUGGUCAAACAACACAAAAACCAGGCCAAGUAGCCAAGCUAAAUAUUAUACUUUUGGCAACUUUAAAGACUUAUGUUUGUCCAUCUCCACUAUAACUCCACAGAAAAACUGUGAAAGAAUCUGAGUAAAAGUUUCAAGGUUG